AUGCAUAUCCACGCGCUCUCUCUUGCUUUGCUCUCUACAGGAGUCCUGUGCCGGUCACCAUUGCCAGAAAAGCCUAAGCUGGAGCGACGGGCAACAACCGAGAUUCCAUCCGACUCUUUUAACGAUCUCGACACGUACUGGAACAAUCUGUAUCCCUGGGGAGAUACACACAAUGGAGGCGCUCGCAUGGACUCCGACCAUGUCAGUGUUAGCGAUGGCGUUCUCACGCUGACUGCAGAGCCUGUGUCCGGCGAGGAGGAUCCCAUCCAUUACCUCUCUGGAACUAUCCAUGCCAAAUCAACCUUUACAGUGGAGGCUGGAGGUGGAUACGACGUGAACGCUGAGUUCAUCGCGCCUGUAACCACGGGAACAUGGCCAGCAUUUUGGCUGAAUGCUGCAAGUGGAUGGCCCCCGGAGAUCGAUGUCGCCGAGUGGAAGGGCUCUGGCAAGAUCUCGUUCAACACGUUCAACACGUCCGACGAGGUGACGGCCCUGGAUGUCGACUAUCCGAACCCAGACGACUGGCAUUCUGUCAAGGCUGAGCUUCGUGAUGAGAAUGGAGCUGAUAUCAGUGUGAGCUUCUACCUGGAUGGAGAGCUGGUAACGACUCAGUACGCCAGGGACUAUGUUGGCCAGGGGCUGCGACUUAUCAUCGAUUACCAGACUGAGGGAUCUUCUGGUACUCCGGGGCCUACAGAGACGACCACUUUCCAGAUUCGAAAUGUCGAGGUCAUCAGCCAGAAUCCGUGA